UAUAGCAGAGUCUACUCCAACACACUCUGACAUUGGCGAUUCACAAAGGAGCCAUAAUUUAAAAAGAAGAAGAACCUCGCCGGCUGCAGAUUUUAGUAAUGUUUUUGUUUGUAAUUAUUAUAUGAAAUCUUUAAAAAAUGGUUAACAAAUUAUAACCUCUACUCAAUUUAACACUUUAUAAGUAGGUACUCUGAAAGUAAAAAUGUCAUUGCUACAGAACUUACCAUAUCCAGACUAUAAACAAGGCUUAGCAUUAAAUGUCGAGCAGUGUGAAGUAAUUGCUAGAUUGGCAAAUUUACCUUUAAAUUUUAAUGACGUAAAGAAACCUGGUGAAUUCCUAAUAAAACAACUUGAUAAAAAAGGCUACUCAGUUUCUCAGUACAAAAAGUUCCUUACCACCACAUUGAACAAUAAAGCAAUCUUCACAUAUUAUAAACCUCAAUCUAAAGUGGCUAUAUUAAUUGCCAAUGACAAAUAUGAACAUUUAUCAAAGUUAGCCACACCAUCCAUAGAUUGUGAUUCUUUAGCAUCAAAACUAAAGGUUCUUGGAUUUAUACCCAUUGUUAUUAAAAAUGUCACAAGUUGUAGCCUAAAAGGUGUGCUGAAAAACAUAAUUAGUUUAAUACCCAAGGACUCAUAUUGUUUUAUAUUCUAUGCUGGACACGGCUGUGAGUUGUGCAAUACCAAAUGCAUUCUUGGAAUAGACUGCCCUGCUGAGGAUAUUGAAUUUGAACAUGUUGUCACGGAAAAUUGGAUACUCAGGGAGGUAGCCAAGUGUGAACCGGACUUGUGCAUACUAAUUAUGGAUAUGUGCAGACUAUAUUUGGACAAAAAUAAAAAUCAAACAAUUUAUGCUUCACUAUCAUGCAUAGAAGAGUACAGCAUCUAUAAAAAUUUAAUUAUUGGAUACUCAACUCAAUCAUCGGAAGCUGCAUAUGAGGUCUUGGAAAUUGAAUGUUCAACUACUAUCGACAAUAAUUUAACAUAUGAGCUAAAACCAGGUGACACAGAAAAAAUUUCACCCUGCGCUAGCCAAUAUGUUGAUGCUUUGUGCACAAGACUAAGUGAGAAUUUACACAUUAAUGUUUUGUUUGAUAAGGUACAUUUAGAUGUGGAGAAAUCAUUGAGGAAACAAAAGCCUAUAAAAGUUCAAUGUGGUGUUUUUAAAAGAUCUUUAUAUGAUCCAGUACAAGGAGAUGAAACUGCUUUAAUACAGAAAAUAAAGGAAAAGUUAGCAGACAUUGAUCAAAACUGCACUAUUUAUUAUGAAGAAUAGUAAUAAUUAAUUAGUUAAAUACA